AUAGCCGGCAUGAUAGCAAAUCGUUCCCCCCAAAGGGUGCAUGAAAUAGGGAGAAAUUUUAAAGAGAGCUGCUCUGUUCUCGGUUUCUUCUCUCACUCGGUUCUGCCACUCUCAACUGUGAAAUUCGAUUCCAAGCUCCAAUGGCGACGCCCGUUUCAAUUGAAUUGUGGAACCCAAAUGGGAAGUACCGAGUCAUUAGCACAAAACCCAUGCCUGGUACCCGCUGGAUUCGUCUCUUAACCGAUCAAGAUUGCCGCGUUGAAAUAUGCACCCAGAAAAAAACCAUCUUGUCUGUGGAGGACAUUCUUGCUCUCAUCGGGGACAAGUGCGAUGGAGUCAUCGGGCAGCUGACAGAAGACUGGGGAGAGGUUUUGUUCUCUGCACUGAGCAGAGCAGGAGGGAAAGCUUUCAGCAACAUGGCUGUUGGAUACAACAACGUGAAUGUUAAUGCAGCUACUAAGUAUGGAGUUGCCGUUGGAAACACUCCUGGGGUACUUACGGAGACGACAGCAGAGUUAGCAGCUUCACUUUCUGUUUCAGCAGCUAGAAGAAUUGUUGAAGCAGAUGAGUUCAUGAGAGCUGGUUUAUAUGAUGGAUGGCUUCCUCAUCUGUUUGUGGGGAAUUUACUCAAAGGACAGACUGUGGGCGUCAUAGGAGCCGGUCGUAUUGGAUCUGCUUAUGCUAGAAUGAUGGUUGAAGGGUUCAAAAUGAACCUCAUUUACUAUGAUCUAUACCAAUCAACCCGUCUGGAAAAGUUUGUUACAGCUUAUGGAGAAUUCCUGAAAUCCAAUGGUGAACAACCUGUCACUUGGAAAAGAGCAGCUACAAUGGAAGAGGUGCUUCGCGAGGCCGAUGUGAUAAGUCUUCAUCCUGUACUGGACAAAACUACAUACCAUCUGGUUAACAAAGAGAGGCUUUCAAUGAUGAAAAAGGAAGCAAUCCUUGUGAAUUGUAGUAGGGGCCCUGUGGUUGAUGAAGUGGCUCUGGUUGAGCAUCUGAAAGAGAAUCCCAUGUUUAGAGUUGGUCUUGAUGUCUAUGAGGAUGAGCCUUACAUGAAACCUGGACUUGCUGACAUGAAAAACGCCAUUGUAGUACCUCAUAUUGCUUCUGCUUCCAAGUGGACUCGUGAAGGGAUGGCAACUCUAGCUGCUCUGAAUGUUCUGGGGAAGAUUAAAGGAUACCCAGUUUGGUCAGAUCCAAAUCGAGUAGAACCAUUUAUGAAUGAGAACUCCCCACCACCAGCUGCUUGUCCAAGCAUUGUAAACGCAAAGGCCUUAGGUUUAACUGCUUCAAAGCUUUAAGCAAGACACAUCUUAGCUUUUCGAUACCAAAUAGUGACUGUUCUACAAUGUCGGUAGCAUGUACUUCAGUUAUUCUUCUGUAUCUUGGGUGGAGUCUUGCGAUGUGUAUUAUCUUCAAAUCAGCCUUGUUUUGAAGCUUUCUGAAAGUAUAUUAGAGCCUCUUUACUUGUCCAACAUAAGAUCACUCCAAUUUUCCAUCAUUUUAAGAUCCUUCUUGUAUGACAGUACGAGGAAUUGUAUCUUGGGUCUUGGUCUU